AUGGAAGAACUUCAUGCAGCUGCUUUAGCAUACUACGAAAAUGGCACUCAAGAGCUUCGGGAUCUGGCAUGGUCUUUCUUCCGAUCUAUCGACACGAACGGUGACGGUCAUAUCAGCUGCUUGGAGUUCAAUGACUUCCUCCAGCAAAGCGGCUACAACUGGAUUAUUAACGACCCUAACUUCUUCAAACUACUCGACCGCAAUGGCGAUGGCGGGUUGGAUUUUGGAGAAGUUAUCACUUUCUACUACAUCAUUAAAACGAGGUACAUCCGAUGCCAAGGGUACCACUGCGGCGUACACCUCUGCGGUUUGUAUUUCACUUGCGUUGCUUGCUUUGAUGGGGUUCAUGAGCAUCGCCCUACGUUUGAUCUAUGUCCUGCCUGCUACAGCAAGCGAAAUUACUAUCACCCGUACCAGAACCACACUUACUUCUUGGAUAAUCAUGUACUGCUGCGCUCCAAACGAGGCCUCUCUCCCUAUGCUCGACCGGAUCUCAGCAUGGCAUUCACUCCACCCCCGACUCCAGCGGUUUACAAUAAUACAGUUUACAAUAUCAAUUACUGCAUUGCUGCUGCACCUCAAAGGAAUAGUUGGUUCCAAGCAUUUCGGGCGUUUGAUAUUGCUCUUACUGCUGCAAGUGCGACUGCUGCGGUUACUAAUUGUACAAUCAUGUAA